AUGGCAGUGGGAAACUCAAAUGCAGAGGCAGUCAUUGGUGCACUUAGACAUGAAAAUAAUUCUCUGCGACGACAGUUAGAAGAAGCCCAUCGGGAAGUAGAACGACUGGCGAAUCUCCUGCAUUAUCGUAUACCUGAUAAAUAUCAAAAUAACGGUAAUGAUAAUAAUAUGGAACGUGUGGUGCGUCUUGAGCAGCGGUGUGAACAAUUAGCCAGUCGCUUAAUUUCUGCCGUGCGGGAUAGACAACUAUCAGAAUGUGCAGAAGUUCAUUUUCUUCUUCGAACACAAGAGGAAGAACGUCGUUUUUUACGUGAUGCCUUGACGUCACUGUUGGAAAAAUGCAAAGAUCACACCUACAAUGGAACGGAGGAGUGGGAGUUAGUGGAUGGGACUCACCCUGGUGUAUUAAGUGCGUUAGUUUUACGAGUUACUGAGGGUAUACAAAGUAGUGAGGCGAAAUUGAAACUGGAGGAGGCAGAACAUUUUUUACUAUUGGAGCAGAUUUCUAACUUUAUCGUAGAUAUUCAACAAGCUAUUGAAAAGGCAACACGUUGGGUAUUUAACUACCAUAUGGAUUUUGCUCAAACACUUUCUAUUCAGCAAUGGAUAUCUUUAAAAGAUCAACAGAAUGGUAUAAAUACAAAGGGUCAUUUUUUAGUAGACAUCACCCCUGAUUAUCCAAUGAAUUCUUCAUUCCAGAAUCAACCAAACAGUAAUAACAAUAAGUUAGAGCAGCACUGGGGGGAAAGUACAGAAGGCUUUACAGUUCCAGUAUCAUCAUCAUCAUAUUUAAAAGGAACCUCAGCAGGUGCCAAAAUAGAGAAAAAAAAUUUAUUAGAGGCAUGUGAUGUAUUACGUGCUUGUUAUCGUGCAUUAGGUGAUGUUAAACUCCUUCUUUGUAAAAAGAAAUCUGUAUCUGUUAAUACAGUUCCCUCCAAAGGAGGAAAAAGUAAUUUGGAAGGUCUCUUGGAAGGAUUUCAGUGUGAUCUGCAAGAAGUCGUGCGAAGUACUACGAAAAAUCAUGAGGCGUUGGCACGACGAUUAGCAGCAGAAAUUGAAGCUCACAGGCAAACUGUAAAGAAAUAUGAAGCCCGUCUGAAACUUGCAGAAAAAGAACUCAUAGACUUCCUCACAGCUUCUUCUUAUAAUACUCAAUUACCAUUAAAUGUUCGGCACACCCCUGUAUUGUCUCGUCAAAAACAAGAUAACAGGGAAUUUUAUAAUAAUAAUAAUAAUAAUAAUAAUAAUAAUAAUAAUAAUAAUAAUAAUAAUAAUAAUAACACUGAGAGUGAUACUCUGUGGAGUGCUGUAGGCAUAACGAGGACUGUUCCAGUGAGUGAAAUGCCUUCUGCCAAUCAUGAUAGCCUUAAACGCGAACCAACACCAGAGUGGGUUGUCUCGUCUACCCGGGUUCGUGCAACAACACUGCAGAGAAGCGGUAUAAAGGAUAUACAGAGAGGGAAAGGAAAUAACAAUUUCCCAACUGUAGCUGUUGUUGCAGUCCAUUCACCUGAUAAAGUAAGAGGAGAACAGGAAAUGGAGUCUAAAACGCCGUCACCGGUAAGUGGCGUUGUGAAUAGAAAAGAUAGAAACGUAAUGGCAGAAAGUCCAGAGAUACACUCUUUGUUGUUGCCAGCGACACCGCCCAGAGGACAGCGGCAAAACUACAAAACAGAAAGCAUGAGAACAGAUACCACAGGAUCACCACGACAAUCAUCGAAGCAAAGGCGAAAACCAAAAGUACUGUACAGUCCUUCAGCAUUUUGA